AUCCUUAGGGUCUAAAAUGUAAAUUGUACAAACAAAUAUAAAUCAGAACGCAGAGAAGGGAUCGGUGAGGAACGAUCCAGAAUUUCCCCAAAUCCUCCUCAGGCUCCCUCCAAUCCCUAACACAAAUUCCUCAAAUCUCAGAUGAUAUUCAACAUGGCAUCGGAGUAGGUUAAUCCUGUGUGAUUUCGACCUUGGUGACUGCUAAUUGCGGUGCUGUGUCGCCGUGAUUUACUGUCGUGGGCACUUGAGCUGCCGCCACUGCGAGCUGCCGCCGUGACCUGGGAUAUCAUCUCCAAGCUACGGCAAGGAGUACUGCGACCAACCUAAGGUAACCUGUUGGACUGCCUCCUGGUGCAGCUGUGAUUACUCCGUGCUGAGAAGUGGAUUUGGUUUUGUCGCCGGAAAAUUGCUUGUUGCGGCUGUGCCGUACCUGUCUAAGCAGUAAGCUGGCUUCCUGUAGUUAAUUGACAGUGGUACUAGUACUUGUGGCUGCUGUUGGAGAACCGUGAGUAGUGCAGCAGGAUAGCUCAUCUUUGCUUGGUGGCCGGAUUAAAAUACUUGUGCAGUCUGUGUGCAUUUGAGAGCAACUCGCACUAGUAUAUCUACUUGACUAGUGCCAACUCUGCUUUUACUCUGCUUGUGAUGCCUGUGUGUUGUUGUCAGUGGAGAUCUGCAAAAGCCAACUCCUGUGUGUCUGGUAUUUUUUGUGUGGUGGUAAAUCAUGGCAGAUCAAACAAAGGAGAAAUCAGGGGAUACUAGUGUGGAUAAGUUGUAUGAAAUUUUAAGCAAAGUAUUUGAGCAGCAACAACAACAACUCAAGGUGGUUCCUGAAGCUGUCAAGUAUGCUCUUGAGCCUAAUCCAGUAAAGUUGGCUGGACCGGGCAAUUACAUCAGCUGGGCACGACAUGCCCAGUUAAUUUUGAGUUCUCAUGGCUACGAAGAAUUGCUUAGUGCUGAUGAAGAGAAACUGAAAAGUGGUACUAUCACCAAACAGAUCAAUGAUAGAGUUUUGGUGUGGUUAUUACCAAGCAUGGAACCACCGAUACGAGAACAAGUUGAGACUAUAACCACUGUAUUUGAAGUGUGGAAAGCUCUGGAGAAGCAAUUUUCAGGAAAAUCAAAUAAGAUGCAGGCUACUCGCAUCAUGCAGGAGUUGACUAACUUGAAGCAAGGCUCAAAAUCAGUGACUGAGUAUGCAGGUGAGAUGAAGAGAUUGUAUAGGGAGUUGCAUUAUUACCAUCCUUUUCAACCCGUUGACAAGAAUGAUGUGGCUGUUCACCAUACCUGGUUUGAACCAUUUGUGGGCAAGCUCUUCCUUGAUGGCCUAAAUCAGGAGUUUGAUCUCCGCCGUCAGCUAAUAUUCUCCAAAACUGAAUGGCUAAGCCUUGAUGAUAUCAUUUCCAGUGUGAUGGAGGAGGAGACUCGUCUUGCUCAAUCCAAUGAGCAUGUUCAAGAAAAAUCAGAUGCACGUGCAGCCCUAUCCAUACAAGCUCGUCGUGCUCCUAAGACCUUUGCUAAAACAGAUAAAAGCAAACUUUUUUGCAACCACUGCAAAAGGCCUGGACACACAAAGGAUUCAUGCUUUGAGCUGCAUGGUUAUCCAACUUGGUGGGAAAAAGGAAAGUCUUAGCCAGGGGGAGGUCAGGGAGCUCAUAAAAGACAGGCGAACCUCACUACAUCCAAGAGGGAGCUACCGAUAGUAGAUGUGCGAGCUCUUGAGGAUUUCACCCCCAAGAUUAGACUCUCAGAAGACUUGUCUUCCUUCCAGGAUUCCUCUAAAGCUGAAACUAGUUUGCAUGCCACU